AUGACCAUAGGCAUACCCCAGGGGGGUCUCCGUGUAGCUCUGCUGCAGCCAAAGCAGAUUUACAAGUUCUGUUUAGUCCUGGAGUACAGACAGAUGGUGAUGUUAACUUGCCCAGAGUCGUUCACUGGAGUUUUCGCUAUGAAACCGACUCACAACACCAUCUCGCUCGAAGGCCAAAUGACAUACGCUAUCAGUUUCUUUUCUCGCAGCGUCAAAAAUUUACAGCUACUAGCCGACGGGUUUGCUCUGAAAGACGAUGAAGUUCCUAAAGACAUGCCACUGGAAGACGUCUCUGUUGCUUCAAUGUCGUCUCAGGCGGAUCCAAACACCGUAGCGGCCAUUGAAUGCGCUGUAUCAAAGCUUUAUAACAGUGGUGUUCAGGUCGAAGAAGCCUGCAUGCCACUAGGAGUUGAUUAUAUCAGUGCCCUGGAGCGAAUACAGAAAGUACAAAGCACAGGGAAUAUUAGGUAG